AGAAAAAGUGUGUUCUGUUUCAAAUAUUUGCGGAACGGUCUGUGCGUGAGAAAGAGGCGGUCGUUGCGAUAUUAAUAUAUCCCAAACCAAACAAACAAACAAAAACAAAAAAAAAGUUUUCCGUUUGGGGGGAAUUGGGUUUUCCUGUGAAAUUUAUUUAUAUUUAUUUAGAACAUAGAACACAAGGUUGGUUGAGAGAGGCAAAGCAAAAGCAAAGCAAAGAGAGUUGUGAAAAACGAUUCCCUCUAAUAUGCCGGCUCCUCCACUCACUGACUCUCUCUUCCUUUCUUUUUCUCCCGCUUCUUAGGGCUACAAUUUCCCUUUCCUUCCUUUUUCCCCCAAGUUUAUUUGGCUGUUUGUGAUGCAGAGUCAUGCCGACGUUUACUGCUAUUGCUUUAGAUACAUUGUUAGAACCUGGAGCUUCAAAAUCUGUCGACAAGACUAUGCCUAGUUCAAAGCCUCCAAAUUCAAGACCCAUCCCCAAUCCAAAGCUGGAGCGGAGAAAUAGUACGUCAGUCACCGAGAGAAGAGUUAAACGCCCUCAGAUGACUCCAGCACUCUAUGCCACUCCUAAGGCAACCCCGCUUCCAGAUUCACCCACAUCAUUCCCACCUUCCCCGUACAUCAUUAACCACAAACGGCGUGGGCCACGUCUCAUGAAGAGCUAUUCUGAGGACGAUGUAUCCUCCCACCAGAAAACUGAUGAGAAGGUCAAUGGGAAUAAGAACAAUGCUGAAACCGAGGUUGACCAUUCAACUGAUGAUAUUUCUGUUACUUUUAGCAUUCCUGGCCCUAAUGAGGAGCAUGUGAAUGGUGACCGUGACUUUGAAGUUGGGUGCCAUAACAGCGAACCUGGGUGCAGUAAUGGGGAACUUGAGAGCAGUAACUUGGAACUUGGAAGCAGUAGUAAAAGUAAUGGUGUGACUAGGGAAGAGUCGUUGAAGCUUGAAAGAGAUGGUGAUUCUGAAUAUUUCUUUGAUCCACAGGAUUCACUUAGUGUUACAAGCAUCACAGAUGUAGAAGAUAAUUCUGGGGCAGAACGUUUAGUGAAGCUUACCCCACCAACGGGGGAGUUUUAUGAUGCUUGGGAAGAUUUACCCUCUGAGGCUGAAUUGCGUGAAAUGAGAUUGAGUCUAUUGAUGGAAAUAGAAAAGCGGAAGCAAGCGGAAGAAGCCCUGAAUAACAUGCAAAGCCUGUGGCAGAGGCUUGGGCAACAGUUAUCUCUUGUGGGAUUGGCACUCCCUGCUGACCCCACUGUUAUAGCAGAGGGUGAGCAGCCUGAUUGUGAUCCUGCAGAAGAGCUCUGUCAACAGGUAGAUGUUUCUAGGUUCGUAUCAGAAUCUAUUGGUAGGGGUCUUGCAAGGGCUGAGGUGGAGAUGGAGAUGGAAGCUCAGAUUGAGUCAAAGAACUUUGAGAUUGCUCGAUUGAAUGACAGACUCCAUUUUUAUGAGGUUGUGAAUAGGGAAAUGUAUCAGAGGAACCAAGAUGCUCUAGAGAUGGCACGACAUCAAAGGCAAAUCAGGAAAAGAAGGCAGAGGUGGGUUUGGGGUUCAAUUGCUGCUGCGAUCACACUUGGCACUGCUGCCUUAGCAUGGUCAUACCUUCCAACAGGAAGAGAAUCUUCUUCCACUGAACAUUUUCAGAAUCCUGAGGGUGAUGAUGCAGCCAAUUAAUAAAUGGUCAAUUAAGUAGUAAACCAUGAUGCCACGUCAUGGAAGAGAAUAAAAGGUCACAUAAUACACUUUGUGGAUACAGUCUUGCUUUUAUCAGUUUGUGCACUCGGAGGUUGUAUAGUUCCAGCUAUAAAUAAUUUAACUUUGUGCCUUUUGUGACCAACGUGGAAGGAGAUAGAUCAUGAAAUCGACAAGUCUUGUUAUUAAAAUCAUGAUAUGUAGCUUCUGUUUGCACUAAAGCGUAACCUGUUGAUCCAUUUUUAAUCAUCCAUUCCACUGAAGAGUGCCAAGAAGGGGAUUUGGAUGGUAUAUUUGGGUGUGUUAAAGUAUAUAACUCUGUGCAGCCUGAGGAAUACUUUGAAAUCCAGCACACAACACAAGGCUUCCAUUCCGUAAGAUAAUUUGUUUAAAUAUGAACUCGUCUGGGAUGAAAUACCAAUUUUGUUUUGCAUUGCUCCUUGUUCUAGAUAUUUUACUUUUAAGGCAAUUUUCAUGGCUGCCUUUUGAUUGCUGAAGCAGGAUGUAGAGAGAUAUUCUAACUCUGAAAAUUUGCGAGGUUUUUGGAUUUUAUUCAGCAAUUUUGCUGAUUGCGGUACCCUAAUUUGGAAGGAAAUAUUGGAACCUGUAAAGUGCUUUCCCGUACGGCCAAAGUGCCUUUAGGCUUUAGUUUUA